UUCUAAUCUACUUUCUAGGCCGUGAUAGUAAUAGAGUACUCGACUCAGUGUUUAAGUUAUGUCUGCCAGCUCAAUUUUGGACAAGGAAUCAGGAAGAAGAUCAAGAGUGAGUAGAGGUGGAAGAACGGCUUCAGGAAGCAACCCCGGACAGCGUUCCAAAGGUUGGAAAAAGAAGCAGGAUGUUGUGAAUGGGUCUGGUCAGGAAGGAGAAGAUGAAGACGAAGAGGAGUUUGACGAAACAAGACAGUGUUUGAUUUGUGCAGAAAAGAUUACUUAUGCAUCAGUAUCACCAUGCAAUCAUAUUACUUGCCAUGUUUGCACAUUUAGACAACGGGCCCUUUAUGAGAAGAAGGCAUGUCUUGUGUGUAGAACAGAGAACGAAAGGGUGAUAUUCACUGAACAAUUGGGUCAACAGUAUUCGGAUCUUGGUUCUAGGGAUAUUACUUCAUCUAGUGAGAAGUACCAAAUUGAUUUCACUGCCGAUUACGUUAAGAAAGAUACUCUUGCUUUAUUAGAUUAUGCAUGCCCAACAUGCCAUGUUGUUUUCUCUGGCUUCAAGGAAUUGAGUGAACAUACAAAGUCGGAGCAUAAUAAGUACUAUUGUAUUGUAUGUUCAAAGAACAAGAAGGCAUUUAUUUCAGAAUUGACUACUUAUACGUAUAAACAAUUACAAAAACAUCUUAGUGAAGGUGACGGGAAAGGGUUCAAAGGUCAUCCAGAAUGUAAAUUUUGCCGUGGUAAAAGAUUCUACUCUGAAGAUGAGUUGAAUAUACAUAUUAGAGAUAAACAUGAACGGUGUCACAUGUGUGACCAAGAUCAUCCCAAAACAGCUGAUUAUUAUAGAAAUUAUGACCAUUUAUACACUCAUUUCAAAACUGAGCAUUACGUUUGUUCUAUACCCAUUUGUGUUGAACAACGAUUUGUUGUUUUCAGAGAAGAACUCGAUUUGACAGCCCAUUUAUUAAAAGAACAUGGUGGAAUCACGGGAAGUAAUGGUAAGGUUGUAAUUGGCUCAUCGGGUAGACUGUUCCAAUCACAAUUAUCAACUUUUAACUCCAAUUCGUCUUCUGGACCAUCCAGAAGAAGAAAUCAAAAUCUGAGUUCAGACGAUAUAGCGGAUUCUUACGAAACUAAAAAGAUGAGACUAGAAGAAAGGGUGAAACAUUAUUUGAAUUAUAAUAAUGCAGCGAUCAAAAGCUUUAGCGAAUUGAAUUCUAGUUAUAGGUCAAAAAAUAUCACUGCUAGAGAUCUUCUUACUAAUUAUAAGGAAAUGUUCAAGAAUAUUAAACCGUCAGAACUCAGUAUCAUUCUUUACGAAUUUAGAGAACUUUUCAAUGAAAACUCCCAGCAGUAUAAAGAUUUACUAUCGGUUACUACUGAAUACGAAGGAAAUGUUCAGCAACAAGAAAGCUACCCAGUUUUAGGUGGCUCUACUGAACAUAUUCCAACGUUAAAUUCUUGGGGUUCAAAUAAUACCAAGAAAACAGGCACUUCAGAACUAUUCCCUGCCCUUCCUAAACCUCAAAAGUCUUCCAGUCCUACAGUGAAGAACAACCAACCCAUCAGAUACACAACAAUACUUAAAAAGCCAGGAAAGAAAGCUACAUCUAUCAAUAUUAAUAAUACCCAAGCAUCUUCUGAUUACAGGCCAAACUAUUUAAGUUCGUUGAACAAGGCACCCCCAGUAUCAUCCUUACCUACGCUUGGCCUGUCUAAUGGCUCCCGUUCAAGCUCCACCUCUAGCAGCCCAAGCAUUAAAUCGGCCAGUCUUACCCCUAGCUCGAGAACUGGUUCGUCCAGUCAAUUGGACUCUUCCAAAUUCCCUGCAUUAGAGAAAAAGUCAACUAAAAAAGCUAUUCCUCGAGUAAAUCCAGUCAACGUUGACCCAGGUGACUGGGGUGGUACUAAAAGAGAACCUGAAAAACCUUCGGAAGAUGUACUCGAUUUGGGCAUCCCGAUUACAGAUAAAAGAAAACAAAAAAUGAAAAAGAAACAAGAUCAAGUCUUGUUCAAAAUGUAAACUCCUUACUUCAAAUAACUCAUUUCACUUGCUGAUAAGCUUGUAAUACCUAAUUAUAUAGAUACAAUAAAUACCAGG